CACAUUAAGAUUUAGUGGUACUCCAGUUAUGGAGUUUACAGAUCUUGAAGGGCGGGUAUCACCUCAAACAUACUUUGACAGAUUUUUAGCCUCUCUAAAAUAUGAUUCAAUAGAUUUGGGAUGGGUCGGAGGUGGCAGUAUCGGAGAAGAGACAUGUGAUUUUUUUGUUUUGCUGGUUUGGGGUUUAUUCUCACUUCCUGACUCCGAUUACAAGCAGGUAUUUAAAUUUUUAAUACCUGUUCUUAGUCGGAGAGGCAUACUUGAUCCUGAUCAAUAUACAUUGUCAAGAGUAGGAGGAGAAAUAUUUGAACCCCAGGGAUACAUUCAGAAUCUAAUAGGUGCUGAGCAAACUGCUCACCCGCAAUACAAAUUGCCAGGAGUCCUACGAUUUUCCUUGUUACAAUCUCUAUUAGAAAUAGAAGGACGCAUAAUUGAACCCCCAGACUACACGAAUUUAUACAACUCUCUGGUGUCUGCUGCGUGUUCUUCAUUUACUUCUUCCAUCAAAGAGAUCGGGCUUGGCAAAGAAGAACCUAAUGCAAGCAUGCGCUUUUCAUGCUCCAAAAUUCUUGGGCAAGCACAACAAAAAGCUUUCUCACUCCUUGGGCUUGCCGGCACACAUCGUUUAGUGAAUCUUUCGGCUUCUUGUCUCAUCGCAGGAUCAUGGCAUUCACCAGUGGGGUUCUCCAAGGAGUAUCGAUCCAUCUUUAGAGUUACAUACAACUCAAACAUUGGGGGAUUCUGGAAAAUUACGUCAUAUUCUCCACUGCUCGCCAUGGAAACCAGCAGCGCAUCUCCAAUCGCCCAAGGACGGCUACAGCGAGCUUUCAGUUGCCACCUGCUACACUGCAUCUUUCAGUUCGCACACGUUGUCAAAAUCUGUCCGCAUUGGAUUGAAGUUUGCCUGCGAAUGGAUAACGUUAGGUGUGAUGUGUCUCUAUUGAAUCCAUUAUUUCCUUGGCAUAUGGAUAUCAUGGAUGGUAUUCUAAAUGAACGACACUUUCCUGCCAAAAUCUGUUUGACAAUUGGCCCUGAGAAUGGAUUUGGCGUCCAUUCUGUUUCCUUGACUCGAUCAUCACAGAAUCCCAUGACAGACAUUGCUAAGGGGAAUACAUAUGAGGCCACAUUCGAACCACCCAAGAAUGUGGGUCUCAAAGCUUCCACUGCAACGACAUCCAUAGUGAAGAUCAACAAUUGGGGUUUUGAGCAGUCAGUCGUCAACUGUAGCGAUGCAAAGAUAGAAUGGACUCUGUAUGACAGCACCACCGAGAAGGAAGUCAUUAACAAUGGGCCUCCAAAAUUUUCAAUGUUGGGUCCCAAAACAUGGUCCAUUGAUAGGUAUUCCAGGGCUUGCAGAGCUUUCACUGCCGAAGGAGGGGUGGUCUUUGCCAAGGAGGAGUAUGGAAAUCCCAUAACAUGGAGGCUCAACAGGGAGUUGGAGGGACAGACGGUGAAAUGGAUUGUUAAAGGUUCCGUCUGGGUAACCUAUUGGCCUAAUACAAUCCGCUCUCGAUGUUCCGAGACUAAACGCCAUGAUUUUUGUCAAGAGUUUGAUCUUACAUUGGCACAAUCUUCUCCAUCUACAAUCACCUGAAUAUUUGAUAUAAGCCAUCCAACACCAAAUCAGGGGAAUUGGCUUCUUCUAAUGGUAUUGGUUGGAACUGCCCCGCUAUUCUAGGGAAAGGGGAUAGUGUCAAUUAAAAACUUUGUUUAGCUGCUUUUUCGUCUUGGAGAGCUUGAUUAGGAGUUUUCUGUUGUAUAUGGCAAUAGCCAUAAAUAGUGAAUGCAUGUUUCCUAUAUUUAGGAAUGCAUUUCGUGAGAUAAAGUGUGAAGAUAGAGUUAGACGAUUGUUAAAUGUUUUAUUUUCUAAAUAGAUUUGUUGUGUUUCUAUUUUGGAAGAUAAAUUUACUAUCUCUCUAUUUGUGGGGCUUUUAUAAAUCUACUCUG